AACAGUCAUUYUGUACGUGAACGCGAUCGCGUGCAGUGUUAUUAAUUUGUUCUAGUCAACAAAAUAUACAUGGCACACGAUAGAUAAUAGAUACUUAGCUAAUUGUAACGGUAUAGAUAUUAUAAGUAAUACAAAGGUGCAUAAGUGAUAGUAAAUAGCAACAAUGAUUACGCGUGUGGUGAUAACAAUCACAGUGGUGUGUCUCGCGAUUUCGAAUUUAGCCACAGCAACGGCGGAAGCGGAAGCUAGCCUAAAACAGUCAGUGGAGGUAUUGGAUACGAAAGUACAGCAGCAAAACGUCGUCACGGACGACGAAGGGAUUACAAUUAACGUGACUGCCAUUGCAGCCAGGUUCAUCAAUGAUUACGUGACACCCACAUUAUGUUCAUACUCACCAGAAAUUUGUGCUAAGCACCAACUACAGAGCAGAGAUAUGAAAAGCUAUUUGGCAACGGCCGGAACAUUAUUCGCGGGAGUGUUGGGCGUCAUGAUAAGUAAAAUAUCGUUGCUGAUUGUGUUAUCGGUGAUGUCCACUGUCAUCGGAAAACUGUUGCUACUCUACGCUUUAUUCAAGACCAUCCCAUACCAUGACUACCACGACCAUUACAAAUACAAGUCAGCCUACCACCACGCACAGCCAUUCGUCAAGUAUACCAAAGACAAGUACUACAUCAAAAACACGCCGUCAAUCCACAGUCACGACGUAGUCGUCGACUUGCCUAUUGAGCAUUCCUCCCCUUACUAUGAAAAUUCACCGUACGUCCUAGAAUCUUCUGUUCAUGAUCAUAAGUUAAAAGGAGUGUCAUACUACAAACGAUAAYASACCACCAAUGGUGGUCUACCACUACACUGGUACAUCACCUGUCAAUUUAAUAACCACCCAAUCAAUUUCAUAAGCAAAAAAACAAUAUAUUUCAUAAUUUUCUACAAGGUUUUUACUAUUAUAUUAUAAUUUUGCAAUAAUUCACCAGCUAUCAUUCGCUUGAGCGGUCGAAAAUUCUAGAGGGCGAAAUCACAAAUGUUGACCUUCUCUCYUUAUACCCUUAACAAUCAGCUAGYUUGUCAAGGAUGAUUGGAUCUAAGACUUAAAUAUUAGAUAAAACCUAUAUUUAUUUAUUUAUUGUUAAAAAUGUAUUUAUUGAAUCGUAUAAUUUCUAUUGA